AUGACAACCAUUUGCGAUCUCCCCGAAGAUGUCCUGGUGGAGCUGUUCUCGCUGCUCCCAGCCCGGGACCUGCUCUGCGCCUGCAGACUGGUCUGCACGCAGUGGCGGUACGUGGUGGAUUUGACCACCCUAUGGAAACGCAAGUGCCAGCGCGAGGGGUUCUAUAUUCAGAAUUUGGACAGAAGCAUCUCUGACUGGAAGGUCUUCUAUAUGCUCUGCAACUUGAAGAGAAACUUAAUCAAAAACCCCUGUGCUGAAGAGAACUUUCAGCACUGGAAACUUGAUAGCAAUGAUGGAGAUAAAUGGAAAAUUGAGGAUCUGCCUGGACCUCAUGGAAAAGAGAUUCCGGACCCCGAAGUACACAAAUACUUUGUCACUUCAUAUGGGCCGUGCUUCAAGUCUCAACUCAUUACCCUGCAGAAAGAAGGAUACUGGAAUCAGUUGAUGGAUGAGAAACGGCCUGAAAUUGUAGUCAAGGACUGGUAUGCUGCCAGAUUUGACUGUGGGUGUCGCUAUGAACUUACGGUGAGGCUGCUUUCUGAGGACUACAUUGUCCUUGAGGAGUUCUGCCCUGAGCCAGUGAUUAUAGAACAGUGGAAUGAUGCAAUGUGGAGAGAGAUUUCUCAUACCUUCCAGAAUUACCCAGCUGGAGUUCGUUACAUCUGGUUUCAGCACGGAGGCCAAGACACCCAGUUCUGGGCAGGAUGGUAUGGGAUCCGAGUGACAAACAGCAGCAUCACCAUUGGGCCCCUGACAUUGUUAUGAAGGCACAAUAUAUAAGUGUUUGCUUUUACCUCAGGACUGUAACCGGGUGGUCUCAGGUGCACUUAUUUGUCUGUACUCUCUGGAUGUGUGUCCUGGCUUUGUCUUGCACAGUUGGUCUUGCAUACAAGCAGCUAGUUCUCCUUAUUCACAGCAGAACUUCUGCAGGCCCAGCCCUUUAGAAGGACUUCUGUCUUCAUCUUUCAUCCUCCUGUACCAUGGAUGUUACUGCAAUUACUAGUGCCCUUCC